UGCUACUCAAGAUCCCGUCACUCCACGACAUCCCCUCGAUCGACAACCAAGGUAAGGCAACAGUUCGACAAGACAAGGUUGCCCAUCAUGUCGCUCGUCUCCAGUGAGAAGACGAACUUCCAGUUCAUUCUCCGUCUCCUCAACACGAACGUUCGUGGCGAGGAGAAGGUUAUGUACGCCCUGACCCGCAUCAAGGGUGUCGGUCGUCGCUACUCCAACUUGGUCUGCAAGAAGGCCGAUGUUGACUUGAACAAGCGUGCCGGUGAGCUCACCUCGGAAGAGCUCGAGCGUAUCGUCACCAUCAUCCAGAACCCCACCCAGUACAAGAUCCCCGGCUGGUUCCUCAACAGACAGCGCGACAUUGUCGACGGCAAGGACUCGCAGGUCCUCGCCAACGGUGUCGACUCGAAGCUCCGUGACGACCUCGAGCGCCUCAAGAAGAUCCGCGCUCACCGUGGUCUCCGCCACUACUGGGGCCUCCGCGUCCGCGGCCAGCACACCAAGACCACUGGCCGCCGCGGCCGGACCGUCGGUGUCUCCAAGAAGAAGGGUGGUUAAGCGUUUUCGCCACACAUCAUACAGUACCGAAGGGCGUUGGAGUUUUAUUACAUCUUUGGUUCAGAUCAUUCAUCAAUGCGGAUGAAACAUCACAACAACACAUGGCGUGAGGGCUGGACUAGGGAACUUGAAAAAAACAAAACUCUUUUGUUGGGACUUGCAGCGGAAGAAGAAUACUGGUCAACACAAAUCAAGAAAAGUCUGGGAAUGCGGCCUGCUCGCUGUAUCCUGUCCCGCACUGGGCGGAUGUGGCAGCAUGGUCAUGCACAGCAUGGGUGCACUAGGGUGUGUGCUCUUCCUACAAUUACGAGUCCAUCGCCUUUAUGAAAAAAAUACAAAGAAUCAAAAACAA